UAGCCCCUCACACCACCUGUCCCUUAAGGCUCUGACUGCCCAUUGUCACUGAAGCUGAUAAGAGACCCCUUUUCUCUCCUGAUCAAAUGAUCAUAGCCUGGCCCCCAGCCCAGCUCCAUGUAUAUAAGAGGACCCUGGGGGCUGAGCACCAUGGAGGCCAGUCCAGGGCUCACUCAGCUCCAGCUCAGUCACCACCAUGUCUCUGACCAAGGCCGAGAGGACCACCAUCAUGUCCAUGUGGAGCAAGAUCUCCACACAGGCAGAUGCCAUGGGUGUUGAGGCCCUGGAGAGGCUCUUCACCAGCUACCCCCAGACCAAGACCUACUUCCCACACUUCGACCUGCACCCCGGCUCUGCGCAUCUGCGCUCGCACGGCUCCAAGGUGGUGGCCGCCGUGGGAGACGCGGUCAAGAACAUUGACAACAUCUCCGGGGCCCUGUCCAAGCUGAGCGAGCUGCACGCCUACAUCCUGCGCGUGGACCCGGUCAACUUCAAGCUCCUGUCCCACUGUCUGCUGGUCACGAUGGCCUCGCACUUCCCCGUGGACUUCACGGCUGACGCCCAUGCUGCCUGGGACAAGUUCCUGUCCGUUGUGUCCAGCGUCCUGACCGAGAAGUACCGCUGAGAGCAGCCGAGGGACCUCAAAGGACAGGCUGCGACCUCUCUUCUACCUCUGAACCCUCCCACUGUUCCUCAUGAUACUCUCCAAUAAAUGGAUGAGAAUAGAGUGAGCUGGGUCCUGCGUCCUCAGUUCUGGGGGAAAGGAGGGGACAGAGGGAAAACAGUGUCGCUCCCAGACCGGAGGCCACUCCCAGGGCGUUUUGGGGCGGUCCUCGGGCUGCGGACCACGGAGAGCAACCCGGAGAGGGCCGAGCCGCCCCGGCAGCCCACGCUGUUUUCACCAGGUGCGUCUGCCCUUCAAACCGCCUUUACCAAUCGCCCAAAGACUGUCGCUUCACUCAGCCUGUGGGUUGCGUGUGAGGACUCAGGGAACUUUUCUUCAAAACCUGAUGUCAUGGCCUCCGCUCUGCGGGGACCCCUGAUGCGGUUCCCCUCCUGACCCCUCGAGGACAAGGGGGUUCCCUGCCCCGCGCUCUUUCUCCUGAUCCCUUCAUGGGCUCCCUCCUGGCGAGCGAAGCAGUAACUUUGCCCGCAAGGAAGUCAUUACAAAUCCCGGUAAAGUCUGCAGCAAAGGCACCCACACUCAGCGGCGUUGGUGCCAGUAAUCCGGGGACCCCCGAGGCCGUGGCCACCACUUCAGUGGGGACCU